AUGGAUUCCAAGGUCCUGGCCUUUACGGCCAUUGCGAUUGUCUGCACCCCAUUCGCAGCCCUCCUAUGCUGGAAUUUCGCCCUGCCCACCCUGUUCCGAGUCUUCUCCCAGACUGUAGGCUCGUCUUCGGGCUGGUACCUGCGAAAGAAGACGGAAGGCCGCCGCGCCCUGAUCGUCCGAGCGACUGAGGAGAGCGAGAGAACUUUCCGCAAGCAGAGAUCCCCCAGAAACGACGGCAGCGAUGAUGACUGGGAGAACAUAGACAGUUCCACGGCAGCAACCUCGAACAACGGUGAAAAAGGCGGGGAAGACUGGGACGGCAUCGUUGGCUUCUUCCACCCUUUCUGCAAUGCUGGAGGAGGUGGCGAACGAGUGCUGUGGGCUGCAGUGCGUGCCACCCAGGAGAGAUGGCCGAGAGCCAAGAUCGUCGUCUACACUGGCGACCAUGACGUCUCCAAGGACAAGUUGCUCUCUCGCGUCAAGAACACCUUCAGCAUCGAUAUACACCCACCCACCAUACAUUUCCUCUACCUCUCGACCCGGCAUUGGGUACUCGCGUCUACCUGGCCUCAUAUGACCCUGCUGGGGCAGUCUAUGGGGUCCCUCAUCAUGGGCUGGGACGCCUUUUCUCUCUUGGUUCCGGACAUCUUCGUCGAUACUAUGGGAUACGCCUUUACGCUGGGUCUGAGCAAAAUGCUCUUUCCCGACAUGCCAACCGCCGCCUACGUGCACUAUCCCACAAUUUCCACCGACAUGCUCGAGUCGCUUGAUCCGAAUACUUCUGUCGGCGGUCAAGGUGUGAAUGCUGGGAAAGGGGUUGGCGUCAAGGGAAUUCUCAAGCAAUACUACUGGAAGUUGUUUGCUGGCAUCUAUUCGUGGAUGGGAGCUACCAUCGACGUCGUCAUGACCAAUUCAACUUGGACACAAGCACACAUUCAGUCGCUGUGGGGUCCCCGCCGGCAGCGGAAGAGUAGAGAUUUCCCCAUUGCCGUUGUGUAUCCGCCAUGCGCUGUCAACGAAAUCGAGCAGGCAGUCGAGUUGUCCCAGGAGAGCGAGAAGAGACGCGAGAAGUACAUAGUGUACAUCGCCCAAUUCCGCCCCGAAAAGAACCACCAGCUUAUUCUGCAAUCGUUUGCUGAAUUCGUCAACUCUGGCACCGAUGCCGCAAACGGAGCCAAACUAGUCCUCCUUGGUAGUGUUAGGGACGACAACGACUCGAGGCGCGUAUACAAGCUGCGUCUACUUGUCAACGAGCUUCACAUCAAGGACCGGGUCAUAUUCCAACUCGAUGCUCCGUGGUCCGAGAUACUCGAGUAUCUCAGAAAGGCCUACAUCGGGGUCAAUGGCAUGUGGAAUGAACAUUUCGGCAUCGGCGUAGUUGAGUACCUGGCGGCCGGUUUGAUCUCCGUCGUUCAUGAUAGUGGCGGUCCAAAGCUGGACAUCGUCACUGAGGUUGACGGUCAACCUACAGGCUUCCACGCCACCACUGAGGCCGAGUUUGCUGAGGGAUACGAAAAGGCUCUUUCACUUCCCGAUCCGUUGGCCGUCAGACUGAGGGCCCGCCAAUCGUCCAAGCGGUUCUCGGAAGAGGAGUUCGCGAAGCGGUGGUUGGCCCAGUUGGAGAAGUUGGUAGCAAUGAAGAUGUGA